AUGUCAAGUGCCGCUACUACUGUUACUGCCUCGUUCAAUGAUGUUUUCAGAGUAUCUGAUAAUGUUGCCGUCGUUAUUGCUGAAACGGAUACACAGGUGACCUACAGAGACCUGUCGCAUAUGGUGGGCCAUUUUCAAACCAUAUUCACCAACCCCUCCUCUCCGCUGUACGGGACCAUCUUUAGACAGGACACGGUGGCAAUCUCCAUGCGCAAUGGGCUCGAAUUUAUCGUUGCCUUCCUCGGUGCUACUAUGGACGCCAAGAUUGGCGCUCCGUUGAACCCUAAUUACAAGGAAAAGGAGUUCAAUUUUUACUUAAAUGACCUGAAAUCUAAGGCAAUCUGCGUUCCCAAAGGCACUACGAAGUUACGCAACUCAGAGAUUUUGAAAUCUGCCUCCAGUUUUGGGUGUUUCAUCGUAGAAUUGGGCUUCGAUGCCGCCAGGUUCAGGGUAGAGUAUGAUAUAUACUCUCCAGAAGACCACUACAGGAGGGUUAUUUAUCGCUCUUUGGAUAACGCUAAGUUUGUCAAUGUGAACCCCGACAGAUUCCCUGGAUUUGCACGUUCCAGCGAUGUUGCCCUGAUUUUGCACACCAGCGGGACCACAUCCACUCCAAAGACCGUUCCUCUGCUGCAUUUAAACAUCGUGAGAAGCACGUUGAACAUUGCCAGCACUUACAAGCUCACAAGCUCGGACAGAUCUUACGUUGUGAUGCCUCUGUUCCAUGUCCACGGAUUAAUCGGCGUUUUGCUGUCUACUUUCAGGACUCAAGGCUCUGUUGUGGUUCCCGAUGGAUUCCAUCCGAAGUUGUUUUGGGAGCAGUUUGUCAAAUACAAUUGCAACUGGUUCAGUUGUGUUCCUACAAUAAGUAUGAUCAUGCUGAACAUGCCCAAGCCAAAGCCGUUCCCGCAUAUCAGGUUCAUCAGAUCGUGUUCAUCUGCGUUGGCACCUGCAACGUUCCACAAGCUGGAAAAUGAGUUCAAUGCGCCUGUGUUAGAGGCCUACGCAAUGACAGAAGCAUCGCACCAAAUGACUUCAAACAAUUUGCCACCAGGAAAGAGAAAGCCCGGUACUGUGGGCCAGCCACAGGGCGUCAUCGUCGUUAUCCUAGAUGACAAGGAUAACAUUCUGCCCCCAGGGAAGGUCGGUGAAGUUUCCAUCAGAGGUGAAAACGUCACUUUGGGCUACGCCAACAACCCAAAGGCCAACAAGGAGAACUUCACCAAAAGAGAGAACUAUUUCAGGACCGGUGACCAGGGCUACUUUGACCCGGAGGGGUUCUUGGUGCUCACAGGCAGGAUCAAAGAACUCAUCAAUAGGGGCGGAGAGAAGAUUUCACCCAUCGAGCUCGAUGGUAUCAUGCUUUCGCACCCCAAGAUCGAAGAAGCCGUCGCCUUUGGUGUUCCCGAUGACAUGUAUGGCCAGGUGGUCCAAGCCGCUGUUGUCUUGAAAAAGGGAGAAAAAAUGACCUAUGAAGAACUGGCAGGCUUCUUGAAGAAACAUCUCGCCGCGUUCAAAGUCCCAACAAAGGUGUACUUCGUUGACAAGCUGCCAAAGACUGCCACUGGUAAGAUCCAGAGGAGAAUCAUCGCAGAGACCUUUGCCAAGAGCAGCAAAAACAAGAGCAAGCUGUAG